GCUCCUGUCGCGAGACUUGCUGCUCCUCCGCCGCUCCCUUUACCGUCGCCUUAGCCGGGGACCCGGACCCAGCCUCUCCCCAAACCCGGUCACCGGCCCCGGCUCCGCCGAGGCCUUGGUCCCCCAGCCCCGCCUCGCCGCCGCCAUGGCGGACCCUAAAUACGCCGACCUCCCCGGCAUUGCCAGGAACGAACCGGAUGUUUAUGAAACCAGCGACCUACCUGAAGAUGACCAAGCAGAGUUUGAUGCGGAGGAGCUGACCAGCACAAGUGUGGAGCAUAUCAUUGUCAACCCCAAUGCUGCCUACGACAAGUUUAAGGACAAGAGAGUGGGGACAAAGGGACUUGAUUUCUCAGAUCGCAUUGGAAAAACCAAGAGGACAGGAUAUGAAUCUGGAGACUAUGAGAUGCUCGGAGAGGGUCUGGGAGUGAAGGAGACACCGCAGCAGAAGUACCAGCGACUGCUGCAUGAAGUCCAAGAGCUGACAACUGAGGUGGAGAAAAUCAAGACUACAGUGAAGGAGUCAGCCACGGAGGAGAAGCUCACCCCUGUGGUGCUAGCGAAGCAGCUGGCUGCCCUGAAGCAGCAGCUGGUUGCUUCCCACCUGGAGAAGCUGCUGGGACCAGAUGCUGCAAUCAACCUCACCGAUCCAGACGGAGCCCUGGCCAAGCGCUUACUGCUACAGCUGGAAGCAACAAAGAACAGCAAAGGUGGCUCAGGGGGAAAGACCACAGGAGGGACCCCCCCAGGCAGCAACCUUGUCACUUACGAACUACACUCUCGGCCUGAGCAGGACAAGUUCUCACAAGCUGCCAAAGUUGCAGAACUCGAGAAGCGUCUGUCAGAGCUGGAGGCCGCUGUCCGAUGUGACCAGGAUGCCCAGAAUCCCCUUUCUGUAGGUCUUCAGGGAGCCUGCCUUAUGGAAACGGUAGAACUGUUGCAGGCCAAGGUGAGUGCCCUGGACCUUGCAGUUCUAGACCAAGUAGAGGCUCGGCUACAGAGUGUCCUGGGAAAGGUGAAUGAGAUUGCCAAGCAUAAAGGCCCUGUGGGGGAUGCAGACACACAGAGCAAGGUGAACCAGCUUUAUGAAACCAUACAGCGCUGGAGCCCCAUCGCCUCCACCCUCCCUGAGCUGGUACAGAGACUUGUCACCAUCAAGCAGCUGCACGAGCAAGCUAUGCAGUUUGGUCAGCUCCUGACACACUUGGACACGACUCAGCAGAUGAUCGCCAGCUCCCUUAAGGAUAAUGCUGCUCUCCUGACCCAGGAUCUCUGUGUUUACAGCCCUGGCUGUCCUAGAAUUAACUCACCCUGUGGACCAGGCAGGACUCAAAACCCACAGAUCUGCCUGCCUCUGCCUCCCAAGUGCUGGGAUUACAGGUGCAGACAACUAUGCAAGAAAACUUGGCCACAGUUGAGGGGAAUUUUGCCAGCGUUGACGAGCGGAUUAAGAAGCUGGGAAAGUGAGGGCCUUUGGGAGUUGCAGAGCGGGGUAACCCUUGUCCCCAAGCUUGGUCAGACCAUUCCAGGGGACUUCCUUCUCCUUCACCGUAACUCACAGCCCCAUCCCACCUGACAAAAGGCAAGGGUUCUUCUUGCAUGUGGGGUGCAUACCCUCCCCUGGAGAACACGUGGUAGCUGCGGGCUAUUGGAUGGGAGUCUUCCCUCAGGCCUCAUGGAUGAGGGUAUGGGCCCAGCCACACGCCAGCUCGUGUCCAAUCGCUGCUUUGCCUGGUGUGGGGGAGGACUGGAUCUGUCCUCUAACACAGCUCUGUGGCUGACUAUACUACUGUACAACUUUCUGACCAUUAAAUGCUGUUGUACCGUGUA